AUGGCACCCAGCGUCAUUGUCGUCGGCGGCGGCCUAUCGGGUCUGAGUGCGGCGCACACAAUCUACCUCGCCGGUGGUAACGUCACCGUUCUCGAUAAGCAGGGUUUCUUCGGCGGCAACUCCACAAAGGCCACGUCCGGAAUUAACGGUGCCUUGACGCGCACCCAGGUCGACAAUGGCGUGAAAGACAGUGUCAAGCAGUUCUACGACGACACCCUCAAGUCAGCCCGUGACAAGGCUCGUCCUGACCUGAUCAAGGUCCUUACCUACAAGUCGGCUGCUGCCGUCGAGUGGCUGCAAGAUGUCUUUGACCUCGACCUCACUCUCGUCUCACGUCUCGGUGGCCACUCCCAGCCCCGAACCCACCGUGGUCACGAUGCCAAGUUCCCCGGCAUGGCCAUCACAUAUGCUCUUAUGCAGCGCCUCGAGGAGCUCGCCGAGACGGAGCCCGAGCGCGUCACCAUUCUCAAGAAGGCCCGCGUGACCAGCCUGAACAAGGAUGGAAACAAGAUCACUGGCGUCACCUUCGAGCAGGGUGGCGAGACCCGCAGCGUCGACGGCCCCGUCGUCCUCGCCACUGGUGGUUACGCCGCCGACUUUGGCGAGGGCUCUCUGCUCAAGAAGCACCGUCCCGACACUUUCGGCCUCUCCAGCACCAACGGCACCCACGCCACCGGUGAUGGCCAGAAGAUGGUCAUGGCCAUUGGCGGCAACGGCAUCGACAUGGACAAGGUCCAGGUCCACCCCACAGGUCUCGUCGACCCGAAGGACCCCGGCUCUAAGUGGAAGUUCCUGGCUGCCGAGGCCCUCCGUGGCGAGGGAGGUCUUCUGCUCAACGCCGACGGUGACCGCUUCUGCGACGAGCUCGGCCACCGUGACUACGUCUCGGGCAUGAUGUGGAAGGAGAAGGAGAAGAACAAGUUCCCCAUCCGCCUCAUCCUCAACUCCAAGGCUUCCAAGGUCCUCGACUUCCACACCCGCCAUUACUCGGGCCGUGGUCUGAUGAAGAAGAUGACGGGCGAGGAGCUCGCCAAGGAGAUUGGUUGCACUCCCGAGCACCUCCAGGAGACCUUCUCCACCUACAACGACAUUGCCGACGGCAAGAAGAAGGACCCCUGGAACAAGAAGUUCUUUCACAACGGCCCCAUCAACAUCGACGACGACUUCCACGUCUCCGUCAUGGAGCCCGUCCUGCACUUCACCAUGGGCGGUAUCGAGAUCAACGACAAGGCUCAGGUCCUGAACCGGGACCUCAAGCCCUUUGACGGCCUCUUCGCCUGUGGUGAGCUUGCCGGCGGUGUCCACGGUGCCAACCGUCUCGGUGGCUCCUCGCUGCUCGGCUGUGUCGUCUACGGCCGUGUUGCCGGCGACACCGCCAGCAGCUACCUCUUCCAGCAGGCCCUGAAUGGCCAGGCCGCAGGUCUCCCUGGCGGUGCCGCCGCCCAGCGCCUCGGCCAGAUCUCGCUGCAUCUCGAUCCCUCGACGCCCGGAAAGAUCUCGAUUGAGUGGAACAACAAGGCUAGCGGUUCCCGCGGCUCCGGCGAGGGCGGCGAGGGCGGCGAGGGCCCCUCGGGCGCUGGUGCUGCUGGUGCCGGCGGUGGCGCCUCCAUCUCCGUCCCCUCGGAUGGGUCCGGCAGUUCGGCCCAGGGCGCUGCUGCCGCUGCCACCGAGGCUGCCCCCGCCGCCAAGGCGAAGCCCAACCCCAAGGAGUUUACCGUGCCCGAGAAGGAGUACACCCUCGAGGAGGUUGCCGAGCACAACAAGAAGGAAGACCUGUGGGUCGUGGUCAAGGGCGUGGUCAUGGACCUGAGCGACUGGCUCGACGAGCACCCCGGUGGCCCUCAGGCCAUCAUGAAUUUUAUGGGCCGCGACGCCACCGAGGAGUUUGAGAUGCUCCACGACGACGAGGUUAUCCCCAAGUACGCUCCUGGGCAGGUCAUUGGCCGCAUCAAGGGUCAGGAAGUCAGUCUCGAGUUUUGA